AUGCGGUCCUGCAAACCACCACCCCGUCACUCGCCUGUGUCGGGCGCUCUGCUCUUGGGCGUGGGUCCAUUGCCCGUGGACGAGGUGGCGGCGGGCACCCCGUGGCCCUCCUUCAGCGAUGAAUUCUUGGCAGAGGUCUACGGCAACGCGGGGCUGGAUGACGAACUUCCGCUUGGCCUUCUGCCAAGGGAUGACCUCUUCAGCGAGGCCAGCCUCGGCUUCAGCGAGGCCAGCCUCGGCUUCAGCGAGGCCAGCCUCGGCUUCAGCGAGGCCGGCCUCGGCUUUAGCGAGGCCAGCCUCGCUCGCCGCAAGGCUAGCCCCGGCGAGGCCAGCCCCAGCUGCAACAGUGACAGCCUCAGCUACAACAGUGGCAGCCUCGACUACAACAGUGACAGCCUCAGCUACAACAGUGGCAGCCUCGACUACAACAGUGACAGCCUCGACUUCCAGGACCUGGCGGGGCUUCGCAUAGACAUGGACAACGUCACGCAAAUCGACCAUGCUGCUCAGGACGGACAGACGGCAGAGGCCGCUCAAGACUGGCAGUUAAUCGAGGACUGUCUUGCACAGCACAUUGGUUCAGAGCACAUCGGUUCAAAGCUGCAGGUUGGUUCAAAGCAGCAGGUUGGUGCAAAGCAGCAGGUUGGUUCAGAACCCGUGGGUUCAGAGCAUCAGGUUGGCUUGGUGCAGGUCGGCAUUUGUCGUGAUGAGCAGAGCGAGUGUAAGGCUGGCGCCGGGGUGCGGAGUGGCGGGUUUGAUGCUGUGGCGAAUGGUGUUCCGGCGCCUGGUUCGGGGUCGGUGACAGUGUUCACUGCAGCGUUUGGCUGUGAGCGUGGGAUUGUAAUAGCUCGGCCGGAGGAGCGUGGGAUGUGGUUAGGUCCGAAGUGGUUGAUGUGGGCGUACGACCUGAUGAGUAAUGACUGGCGUUAUUUGGCUCCGUUCGACAUGGGUGGCAUGUCAGUGUUCGAGUUAGCGAAGCGUGCUGAGGAGUGGGAUCAUGACAACUUCUCAGCGGCGGCUACUUGCUAUCGGUUCGAAGGUAAGGACCGUUGGGACUAUGCCCGUUUCAUGAAGUGGCUGGGAAUGGGACGACCUGUGCUCAGUCGGUUGACUGCCACCGGGACUGCUCGAAUAGCCCGACGUAAAGUUCAAGACGCGGUCGAUGACAUUGUGCGUUGUUGGCCGCGGGAAAAUGUUACCACCAAGACAUUUCGAGCGCUCUUUAAAAAUUGGAUCGCCAGCCGACGAGGCCCCUUCCAACCCACACCCGGUGAGGAAUGCGUCCACGUCCGAGACCUGGAUCGCCUCAUACUCAAGAGAGUUGGAGACUUCAAAGUACCCCUAGACCAAAUCGGCCAGGCCUUCCGGAGAGAACUUCGAAGAAAACGCUGGCAGCAACAGUGGGCUGAACUGCGUGCUACCAACGAGUCUGCUACCACCGUGGGUGGUGCCACCGCCGUGGGUGAUACCACCACCGUGGGUGAUACAGUACCGUCUCACUUAUUGAAUGAGGCGGGACUGAAGUUUGAAUUGGUGAAGACCUCGGAAAUGGAUCUACGGGUCGAGGCGCGCUACCUAGUCUGGGCGUACGACGUCUGGUACUACGGAUGGUGGCCGGCAGUGCCGGAAGAGUUGCCGGUAUCUGCUGAAGUUUCCGUUUUCGGGCUGGCACGAUAUGCGUAUGAGUUGGAGUCAAAAGGUAGGCGCAUUCUCGGCCUGUCCGCCGGUUGCUAUACAUGUGGUGAGUCAACAAAGGCCGGUUACCAUCGCUCGACGGAUUGCGAGCGAUGUGAAGGUUCCUGGGGUCUGGCAGAGUUCUGGGAAUGGUUACGUGUGAGACAUUUCGCGCGCAUUGUUGAACAACUGACCGGUCCCGUUUCUAAUGGUCCCGUUUCUGACCGUCCCGUUUCUAAAGCGAGGAAGCACCCUCGACAGAGACUGUCGGAUCGUGAGGAGGAGCUGGCGAUGAUACACGGAGUCGGGUUCGAGAUACCGGACAUCGAGGAGACUAAGUUCUCGGUCAGACCCUUCCUAUUAAACCUCAAGUCAUUCCUACGCGGCGUCACGGAUCUCCAUGCACGCGUUGCGUCCUGGUGGUCACGACGAGCGGGCAUAUCCCGUCCGGCCGCUCACGGUCUUACACGACCUGAAUUCGAGCGACUCCUUCUCCACCGAAUCUCAACUUUGGGAAUAAAAGGCCUUACGUCACUGGAUGGAUCCGAAAGCGUUGAACCAGCGCCCAAGAGAGUCUGUGUCAAACUAGCACCGAAGAGGGCCCAUCUGCAACCAGCGUUUGCUUGGCCUGUCACGACCUGGCUACAACUUCCCCAGUCGGGCGUGGUCCCUCGGUCGGGCGUAGUCCCUCGGUCGGGCGUCCCCCAGUUGGGCGUUGUUCGUCUGAUCGACUGUGCCCCUGGAGGACCGACACACCGGCCGCUCGACCUGCAGCCGCUCGAUCCGCAGCCGCUCGACCUACAGCCACUGGGUCUGCAGGCACUCGGUUUGCAAUCCCUCGGUUUGCAACGAAUAGAACAUGGGUAG